CUUGAUUUGAUAGGUUGACACUGCUGUCAGUCAGUCAAAAUCAAAAAACUCAAGAAAGAACAGCAUUUUUAUGGUGCCAUAUAUACUUGAGCACCAAAUAAAAUAAAUAUAAGUAAUUUAUUUAUAAGCACAAAUAAUGUGUAACUGUAAUAAAUAAGAACAACAAUACUUUAUUUAUUUCUAAUUUCUGGUAAAGUGAAAAUUAGUUGGCAAAACAAAAUGACGUCGCCUGGACCAUCGAAUUCCUUCCAGCAGUCAUCUGCUGCUGCGUCCGUCCAAGAGUUUAAGAUCCGUGUGCCGAAGAAUGUGAAGAAAAAAUACCAUGUAAUGAGAUUCAAUGCCACCUUGAACGUGGAUUUCGCAAAAUGGACGCACGUGAAAAUGGAACGUGAGAAUAACAUCAAGGAGUUUAAGGGACUUGACGAGGAUAUGCCAAAAUUCGGCGCUGGUUCAGAAUAUGGGCGCGACGUGCGCGAGGAGGCGCGGCGCAAGAAGUUCGGUAUCAUCUCCCGCAAGUACAAGCCCGAAGAUCAGCCCUGGAUACUCAAAGUCGGUGGCAAGACUGGCAAGAAAAUGGCCACCUUCCGCUUCUCCUCCGACCUGUCUAAACCUGAUGCCAGCAGAUACAGCUCCAGUCGCUGCCACCAUUUCCUCCACGCCUCCGCGUUGUUCGCGGUUGCCUCCGACGACAACUUAAGACACUCCAGACCGGCCACACGGCACCUCGUGUCGCCGACGUCUUCGAAAACAUUAGUAUUUACUAUUGUUUUGGUUGGUUUCAGGUAUAAUUUCCAACCCAUCCAGAGGUACAAAGCUCUGUCAGCCGAGGAAGCUGAUGAAGAGUUUGGAAGACGCAAUAAAGUGCUCAACUACUUCUCGUUGAUGUUCCGUAAACGCAUGCGCGGUGAUGACGCCGCGGAUGACGCCGACGACCCUGACGAGAAGAAGCUCAAAGGCUCUAAGGCUAAGAAAGAUCUCAAACUAUCGGAGAUGGACGAGUGGAUAGAUUCCGACGACGAUUCGUCUAAUUCUGAGAAUGAGAAGGAUAAAGACAAUGACAGCGACACCGGGUCCAAUAACAAGAAGAAGAAAAAGAAAGCGGCUGCAAAUAAGAAGAAGAAGAAAGUUGAGGACGAGGCUUUCGAGGAGAGUGAUGACGGAGACGAGGAGGGACGAGAGAGGGACUACAUAUCAGACUCCUCUGAGAGUGAAUCUGAUCACGAGACCAAAGCCAACAAAGAACUGAAAGGUGUGGCAGAAGAAGACGCGCUCAGAAAACUCCUGGCUUCCGAUGAGGAUUCGGAGGAAGAACAAGAGAACAAGGAGCAGGAAGAGGAACAAGAGGACGAGCCCACUAAGGAGGGAGAGGAGCGAGCCAGCAAACUCACCAAGAAGAAGAAGAACAAACCUGAUGAUGCCAAGAAAGACUCAAGCAGUGAGUUGAGUUCCGACUCCGACACGGACCCUGAAACUACUCCUGCAGUGAAGAAACCCAAGAAAUCCAAGAGCAAUGACAAGAGUGGACCCACCGCCAGUACAUCCGCGGCGGGCAGCGCCAACACGUCCCGGUCGGGCACGCCGACGCCGACGGCGGCGCAGGCCGCCGUGGCCGCCGCCAACGCCGCCAACACCAACAUGCCGCCCGCCAAGCGACCCAAACUCGACGCCUCCUACAGUGAAUGCGGUGUUACUGAAGAAGCAGUACGUCGCUACCUCGCCCGCAAACCGAUGACGACAACCGAACUCUUGACCAAGUUCAAAUCUAAGCGCACGGGGGUAAGCAGUGAUCGCCUCGUGGAGACCAUGACGCAGAUCCUGAAGCGAAUCAACCCCGUCAAACAGAACAUUAACGGGAAAAUGUACCUUAGUAUAAAGAGCACCUGAUUUAGCAAAUAUAUUGUAUUUUGUUUACCUAUAA